GUAUAAACAGGAGAGUUAACUUUGUGUCUUCAGAGGCUUUCAGGAGCGAAAGUAAUUAAACUAAACAGGAAGAAAUGAGCAUCGGGGAAAAAUUACAAGAGUUACUGACACAGUAUGUUGUGGACACUCUGAUCUACAUUCACAUAGUAAUAAACUUCUGUGAGAGAGAUUCUCUAGAAGAAUGGAUAUGUCAGAUGAAGAUAGAGCUGGAGACAAUGAAAGAUAUCAAGCAACAAGCAGACAAAAAUAAAUUUGUCCAUGUAAAGAACUCAGAAAACAAGGCCAGGGCCUUUAAAGAGUACGUAGAGGCUAAUGUAACAGCGGACUCCACACAAAAGAAACUGGAGAAGAAGCUGGGUGCUGUCCUGAUAAACACAUUUGAGGAGCUGCAGAAACUUGACCACUUCUUGGAUGCAGUGGAAAAGCUAGCAGUUACCUCUCUAUCUGUCUUUACUGAUCAUAGUGUCCUGCUGAAUGAAGGGAGCCUUGCUAGUGUGCGAUCACUCAUCACAACUGCCAGAAGGGCGUCUCCUCUUCUUAUCCACUUUAAACGAAAUAAUGAAACAUUCUUCCUUCCUAUUCUCGAUAAUGUGGAAGUCCUGGCCUUUCAGCUAGAGAAAUACAUAUGCAUUGCUGAACAGCUUUGUAAUACAAUAUCUGAGCAAGAUUUGUGGUCUGCAUACAACCAUGGAUGGAUGAAGGAUAAGCCUUUAGAGAAGUUCAGUCUGAAUAUCAAUGUCAGCGAGAAAAUGCUUAAUCAUUUAAACCAGUUAAGCAAAAUUAGGAUGGACCAGCACACCAGGAUGGCAUUCAUUUUGAGGAAAAAUGCUCUGCUGUUCAUUGGUUUGUUCAGUAAGCAUUGUUCUAGCAUGCAGCAGUUCCUGUCAGAUCUGGAGGAAAGUGCAGUUCAGCUGGACAGGAUGAAGAUGGGGGGCAGUAUCUCCACUGUAGCUGGUAGUUCAGUGGGGAUAGCAGGAGGUGUCUUGUCCAUUGUUGGCAUUGCUCUCGCUCCUGUCACUGUUGGGGUGUCUUUGGCUCUCACUUUUGCAGGGCUUGGUCUGGGAGUGGCCAGUGGUGUCAAUAGUUUGGUCACAGGUAUUACUGAAAGCGUAGUCAACAAUUACCAUUAUAAAAGGGCACAAAGAGUUUUCCAAGAAUUUAUCCGUAAUGUGGAAAAGAUUCAAGCCUGUUUGGAACAGGACUGUGUAAAUCAUGUAGAGGACAAUGAUGUUACUGGAGGAGUUAUCGGUGAUGUUCCUAACCUGGUGAAUGAGGGGAUGGCUGAAACUGCAGCAAAAAUAGGGCUGCAGGAGGCACAAAAUGCUCGUAACAUUCCCAUGCUCGUUACAGACUUGCCUGACAUUGGGCAAGUGGCAAAAGGGACACCACUGGCACUCACAAAGUCAGCUAGAGCUGGAUUUAUCACUUUACAUGCCCUCUUUAUUGGUAUAGAUAUCUUUUUCAUUUGCAAAGACGGUAUAAGUCUUGCAAAAGGGAGCAAGAGUGAAACAUCUCAGCUCAUCCGCUCCAGAGUAACUCUGUGGAAAUCUGAACUUGAUGCCUGGCAGAAGAUUUAUGAUUCUUUAUGCAUAGGGAUAUGGAGGUAUAGGAAGAGCCAGAAAAUGCUGGAACAACCAUUUUAUCCUUAUAAGAAGAGUAUAAUAAUGAGAAUAUGGGAAAUGUUCAUAUAUAUUAAAAAUAAGAUUUGUUUGAAGUUGAAAAAAAUUAAGAUGUGCAUUAAAUCUUUAUAUUUGAAAUUGUUAGACCAGUUAGACCAAAUAUUUUAAUGGCUUCCUUGAGCAUGUUUGAUCAAGCCUAAGCAAUAUGUUAAAACAUGAUUGAGAUGUUUGCUUGAUUCACAGCACACAAAUAUUUUAAAAUAAAAUAUAAAAAAGUAAUAAAAAAGUAAAAAUAGUUUUGAAUGAAGUGUUUGCUUUUGCAAAGAUGUGUUAGGAUUUGCAUUUUGUGUUGAUUUUUGGUAGUAUUGUGUGUAGAGUUUUGAGAAAUGGCGCCAUAGUGUCAGAAAUUAUGUGUAAGUAAUUUAAAAAAAUGUAAAGCCAUAAACCACUUAGGUGAUCUUAGCUUAUUGCUUUAAUAAAAUCUCAUUAUAGAUUCAAUAAAAAUACAUUUGCUAGUGACUUCUAAAUGCUUGUCCAGUAUGAGGAUUAGAUUGAUUUAAGUUACAAAGAAUACAUUAAUAAACACAUUCUUUGCAUGUAUGUUUGUAUUAAAGGCUUGGAGAAUGCUAAUUAUCUGGUUUAAGUAAAUGCUGAUGUAAGCAGGCUGCUGAUAUUUAGGGUUGCUCUGCUCAUGUUCACUGAUGUUCUAUUUUUUUACUUUCUUCGAUUUACCUCCAUGGCAUGCAGUUAAAAAACUACAGAGGUUACUGUCUGAGUAUGUUGUAAUGCUUUCCUGUUAUAACCAGAAUUGGACCAAAUAUUUUAAUGGCGUCCUUGAGCAUGUUUUAUCAAGCCUUAGCAAUAUGUUUAAAUAUGACCGAGAUGUUUGCUUUAUUCACAGCACACAAAUAUUUCAAUGUCACAUAUAAUUAAAAAUUCAUAACAUACUGGUGGAAGUCUACGCUAUGUUCUUGCUAAAGAUACAUAUUGAA